AAGAUUGGCUCGAACAGCGGGAGGCACCGAUGGGACGCCCCUGGGCGUCAGGCUGACGCGUCGCCCCCCUUUCGAUCCAUCGGCCCGAAUGGUGGGCCCACGGCAGGCAGCUGUUCUUUGUGGACCCAGGUGUUUUCAAGCUUUCUUCGAAGAGGUUGAUGAAGAAGAAGGCCUGAAGCAGGUGAGGGACGGCGAAGGUGCCUACAAGCAGGUCGUCCGAUAUCACCAUGUGGGUGCUGGUCGGGGAGAUUUCGAGCCCGUGACGCCCCAGCCAGCCACACAGACACAGCUCAUGUGGGUGCCCUUGGGCAUCUUGCUGUUGUUCUUCGUCCUCAGCGUGCCUUUGCUCUUCCUUUGGGACGCUUAUCAUCACAAGGGGGAGGACCCACUGACACUUCCAGAUUGCAGCUUCGACCAUCCGCGGGGCUCUCGUGGGGAUGCUUACUGCUGCCACCACUAUGGCCGCUGUCAAGGUGGCACCGCGUUCGAGGAUCCGUAUGGCUAUGGCGGCGAUGGCGAGCACUUUGACUGCGAUGCCGGCUAUGAAGAUUGGCAGAGUGGAUGGUCCCCCGCCAAGACACAGUGGUGUUGCCGAAAAGAAGGACGAGGAUGCAUGCAAUUUCAAUGCGAAGGGGAGGCGCAGCAGUGGAGCCCUGAAGAGAGUGACUGGUGCUGUGCAAAUCGGCAGCAGUGCCAGAGCUCCGACUCAGGGGCCUGUGACACCAUGUGCACCACAAGUAGCGGUGGGAAGAGUAUCACUUCUUCGUGUAUGGAUCGAAUCCGCUGGGCUGAGCGGCAUUUCUAUUCUGGACAGGAGGAUUCCUGCUCCUUGGCCUACAGCAGAGUUCGAGUGGAUUGCGAUGUGUGCCGCACAUGCUCCAUUGAGGAGGCAGGCUGCGCGCAGCAACCGCAGGUGCCCCGGCUCCUGGACGACUGCGAAGGGACCGCGGUCGACCGCGCUGGCUGGUCAGCUGAGAAGAAGGAGUUCUGCUGUCGUCAAUGGGGCACCUGCGAGCAGAGUGACGCCGAGGACGGGCCGUCCCGCGACCUGCCGGACGGCCCGACUGGCUCGAGGACGCCACUGGCGCAGCUGGCGUGAGGCCGGGCAAACCGCCGGGAGGCGGUGGGUUCCGACGCCGGCGCCGGGGCGGGCGCGGCCGUGAGGGCGGACGACUGGCGGCUUAGCCGGGGUCGUUUCACCAGGAGUCUUGUGUCACAAGCACAUGAAACCAGCAUGUCUACCAAUGAAACUGCGUUGGACACACCAAAAGAG